AUUAUACUAAAUUACCGUAAAUUAACUGGCUAACAUGGUUGAAAAGUUGCUGACCGAUGAGUUUACCUUUAUGAGGAAUGCUUAGCGCAUUAAAACAUUUUUCAUCUGAACGGAAAUAUAUAAAAACUAAAUAAAGCUUAAUUAAAGAAAUUAGCUUGGCAGCAUUAGUGUACCAGAGCCUAAUUUUGCUAACUGUUAUGCUAUUUGAAAGGAGGCGUUCAGGUGAAUCGUGUAGACUGUCUGUUGGAACCAGCGGCUGGGUUAAAGACUUUAUCCUGUCAUUGGUCAGGACAGCUGGUCCUUCAUGUGUCCGAAAAACACAGCUUUCUCUGCUCAGAUGUCUGCAGCACUGAGUCUACGUCUUCUCCACUGCUACUCCAAACAAGGUACAUUUGGAUAUGGCUGCGGUGCAAUUCGCCCGCUGAGUCUCAGUGUGCAGAGAGACGGCUACAAGUAUGUAAAUGCUCAGGAGCUGCCAACAGACAUGAGAUCCAUCACUGACCGGGCUGCCACAACCCUGCUUUGGACCGAGCUCUUUAGAGGUUUGGCAAUGACCAUGAGUUAUCUGUUCCGUGAACCUGCCACCAUCAACUACCCAUUUGAGAAGGGUCCUCUGUCGCCCCGCUUUCGUGGGGAGCACGCCCUCCGCCGCUAUCCUAACGGAGAGGAGCGCUGCAUUGCCUGUAAGCUUUGUGAGGCUAUCUGCCCUGCUCAGGCUAUCACUAUUGAAGCUGAGACUCGAGCCGAUGGCAGCAGGCGGACCACACGCUAUGACAUCGACAUGACCAAGUGCAUCUACUGCGGCUUCUGCCAGGAAGCCUGUCCUGUUGAUGCCAUUGUUGAGGGUCCGAACUUCGAGUUCUCCACAGAGACCCACGAGGAGCUGCUAUACAACAAAGAGAAGCUACUCAACAACGGAGACCGAUGGGAGGCUGAGAUAGCAGCCAACAUACAAGCAGACUAUCUGUACAGAUAGACUCACUGUGGGAAGGUCCUGUAUGUCCUCCUGAUAUGCAUUUAAAGAGAUUACUGGCGGUUUUACAGUUAUGCCAGCGGGUUCCGAGUGGUAAAGCCUCAUACACUGAGGAAAUUCUAUAAAAAAACGCACAAAUUGUAUGCCUCUUGGGUGUAGUUGUACUUUUUUGACGUUGAGCUGUAGCACGUCAAAGCUUGCAAUAUAAGAGUAUAUUAUUUGAAAUGUUUGUUUUAAAGAUAUUGACAGACCUGUUGCAAAUUUAACUAACCGAAUUUAAAUUAAAAGGGAAAAACCUCUGAAACUGA